CUACAGGAUAUUGACAUUUUUAUCGAAAGUUGUUCGUUUUUUACUUUCCGAUAUCUCAAGACACAUUGUUCAAAUUCUUCGAUAUUUUUAUUUGCAAUAUAAGUGCAAUGCAAUAUUCGUGCCCUCUUUGCGCUGACCUUACCUAUUGCGUGUAACUGUAAUCUCACUGAAACAUCACAGUUAUCACUGGAAUAUUUGUUGGAAGCAUCUCUCGGCAACGUUGCAAUUAGAAUUUUAGUCCAUGUGAUCCAAAGAUAGGAGUGUUGUGGCAAACGAGCAUGUCAAACCAUGCAAUUAAAUGAGGCCAGUAUUUCACAACACGUCACAGUGAUCCACACCUAAUGCUAUAUUUGUAUUUGGCAGAUUGAUCUAUUGUAAAGGCAUUGAUUCUCUAUUACAUAAUAUCCUUAAUAUAUAUAUAUAAAGCGAAGCAAUUGUAUGAGUGUGCUAGAUAUAUGUGCGUGCAGCAUCCUCUUUAACUGUGCAGGGCGUGUAAUGUUAUAUUUAUUUUUGUACUGACAUGUAACUUAAAUAUUAAUGACGGUUUGAAAGAGAGACACGAGAGAACAUGUAAAAAGCUAGAGAGACAUAAAAGAAUUUGAGAGCAAGAAUCCGCAAGUAUCAACUUUGGAAGAGAGACUGCAAAAGGAAGAACUUGAAGCUCGAGUGGAAGUAUUGAACAACAUGGAGAAGAAAUAUUGUGAUGUAGGACCUACUUAUGAUUGUGUUGUUUUCCGCGAUGGUAAUAUUUGGAGAGCGUGUAUCGACACUUCGGAGGAGGGUAAUCUGGAAGCUGGUGUUUUCCUCGGGGAAUACACGGCUACGAGAGAUUUUGCUCCUCUCACUCAGGAAGAUCAACUAAAUAUUAGUAUUAACGUCCAUGAGGAAGGAAAUAUAUUAGAAAUUGUCAGUCUGUGUUCCAGUCAUGGCACGCACGUGGCGUCAAUCGCCGCUGCGUACUUCCCCGACAACCCGGAAUUGAACGGUGUUGCACCAGGAGCGCAAAUUAUUUCGCUGACCGUCGGCGACGGACGUAUCGGCACAAUGGAGACUGGAACUGCUGUAGUGCGGGCGAUGAUUCAUAUAAUGCAGCGUAAAGAGAAAGUUCACGUCAUAAAUAUGAGCUACGGCGAACACGCUCACUGGUCGAAUACGGGUAGAAUAGGAGAAGUGAUGAACGAAGUUAUCGACGAGUACGGCGUAACGUGGGUUGCGUCUGCUGGCAAUCUCGGACCGGCUUUGUGUACUAUUGGUACUCCGCCAGACAUCAGUUCAAGCAGUAUUAUUAGCGUCGGCGCUUAUGUAUCGCCCGACAUGAUGGUAGCCGAAUACUCUCUGCGGGAAAAGAUGCCAGGCAUGCCGUAUACAUGGUCCUCUCGUGGUCCGAUGAUAGAUGGAGGCGCCGGUGUAACCGUAUGCGCGCCAGGAGGUGCUAUCACCAGUGUCCCAAAUUUUACGCUUAGAAAGAGUCAACUGAUGAAUGGCACUAGUAUGGCAAGUCCGCACGUAACCGGAGCAGUUGCGAUUUUAAUAUCCGGCCUCCUCGCCAAGGGCUGUCCACAUUCUCCUUACAGCAUAAAAAGGGCUCUCGAGAACACGGCCCUUUACGUAUCCAACCUAGAUCCUUUCGCGCAAGGUUCCGGCUUGUUACAAGUCGAACGUGCGUUUGACAAUCUUGUCUCGUACAACGACGCUGCCGAGAGAGACAUCCGAUUCGCCGUGAAUUGCGGCGUUAAUAAUUCUAAAGGUAUUCACAUGAGAACAGGCGUCAUCGAUCGUCCCAAGGAUUACGCGAUCACGGUCGAACCAGUAUUUAUAACCAGCGAAACUAUAGAUCCGUCGCGCAAAAUUGAUUUCAAUCUGAAGCUCACGCUCGUGUGCGAUGCCUCAUGGGUCCAAUUCCCGACGCAUCUCGAUUUGAUGCACAUGCCUCGUGCUUUCGCUAUUAGAGUUGACGCUUCGAACUUAUCGGAAGGUGUUCAUGCAACUAGUGUACGAGCGUACGAUGUAACUAAUAUCGCAAAAGGACCAGUAUUCCAAAUUCCAGUAACUGUCGUCCAGCCAAUGACGCUGCCGAAGGCUGCGCUUCUUCCAGACCUGACGUAUACGAACAUUUUAUUUAAACCUAACACGAUUCAACGUCACUUUAUUCUGGUUCCGGAUGAUGCUACUUGGGCAGUUCUCAGACUGAAAAGCACGGAGAAGGAUAAAACUGGGCGAUUUGUGAUUCACACUGUGCAACUGAAACCUCGUCUGGCUUGCAAGACACUUGAAGUUAACAGAAUGAUCAGCGUUACGUCUCAGUCAGAAACUGUUCAAUCGUUUGCUGUUCAGGGUGGACUUAUUCUAGAAGUAGUUAUUGCGAAAUAUUGGGCGAAUCUGGGCGAUAUGUUUGUCGAUUAUACUAUAGAAUUUCAUGGAAUCCACAUGAUACAUGGUAAUCUCACGAUGCAGUCCGGGGAUGGAAUAAAUCGCCUUGAAUUACGUAGCUCUCUCCGAAAUGAAGAAGUUGUACCUAGCAUUUCUCUGAAAACAUCUGUGCAGGUUUUAAAGCCGAGUGAAUCGAAAAUCGCUCCUCUUCGAGAGCGUGACAUUAUCCCGCCGUCACGUCAGAUAUAUGAAUUACAAUUGACAUACACAUUCCACUCGGCAAAAGCAACUGAGGUUACACCGAACGCUACACUGCUUAGUGAUUUGUUGUAUGAAAGCGAGUACGAAAGCCAGAUGUGGAUGAUCUAUGACAGCAACAAGCAGCUAAUUUGUUGCGGAGAUGCAUAUCCAUCGAAAUAUACCAUACAAAAGCUAGAAAAAGGAGAUUACACCAUGAAAAUGCACGUGCGUCAUGAGAAAAGGGAUUUGCUGGAGAGAUUGACGGAUAUGCCGGUACUUCUGAGUCAGAAACUUAGCUCGCCGAUUAACUUGGAUAUUUAUGCCAAUCACUCACAGGCUAUUAUUGGUGGAAAGAAGAUGGUUGCUGCAUCUAUUCCACCUGGUCAUAUUCUUCCUUUAUAUAUUGCACCACUGUCUAACGAAGCCAACACUGAAAACAAAAUAUCCAAAUACGUUACUCCUGGUAGUUACCUUCAAGGUACAUUGACUUUCUGUAAAGACGAAAUUGGAAAGAAGGUGGAUAGUCACGUAUUUAAGUACAUCAUAUCUGAGCCUACCAAGAAAAAUAGCAACUCUUCUACUAAAUCGGACAAAGAGAAAACUACGAAAUGGGAUGAAUACAAUGAAGCGUUGAGAGAUCUAAAAUGCAAUUGGCUUGCAAAACUUGCACCAUCUAUAAAACCCGGCGAAUACGCCAAUUUGCUGUACGGGGAAUUGAAGAACAUCUUCUCGGAUCAUUUGCCGGUCCACACUGCCAUGUUAACGUCUCUUGAUUCUCCUGAAGCGCGACGGCACAUACCGCACGACGAUCUCUCAGAAAAUACUAUCGCACUUGCCAAUCAAAUAAUAACCGUCGCUGACGCUGUGAUCACGAAUAUCGAUCAGGACAAACUAUUAGCGUAUUACGGAUUGAAAAUCGAUCAGCGUCCCGACGCGGCUAAGAUCAAAACGACUAUGGAGAAGCAGAAGAACAGCCUGAUCGAAGGAUUAGUGAAGAAGGGCUGCGCACUGGCACGGCUGUACGUACAUGGGACAAAGGCGGCAGAGGGAGAUGGUUCCUUCGAACACUUGCUCGAAAGCGUGAUGCACCACUGGCAGGAAGUACAGAAAUUCGCUGAGCCUACUGACAGCAAGGUGAUCAUUCUGUCCUUGUGGCACGCGCACAUCAAUAAUCACUAUGGACGUUACUUAAAAUUAUUGACACGUUACUACGAAGAGAAGCCACUGAAGGAACUUGAGGAGAAGUGCAUUGAGAUUGCAAGGGUUCUGGGAUGGGAGCACUGGUCACGUCUGCUCACCACGAGUAUACCAACGCGUUACCCAGCCACAUAUAGAUUGUUUUGAUCGCUGGUGGGUGUCGUUU